UCCUCAGAUGACGCAUUUUCCGCCAAGAUGGUUGUCGGUGCCUUUCCAAUUGCAAAGCUGCUCUAUCUGGGCGUAAGGCAAUUGAGCAAACCAGUGGCUAACAGGAUAAAAGCAGGCGCGCGGCGAAGUGAAUUCUUUAAGAAUUACAUCUGCCUUCCUCCGGCUCAAGCAUAUCACUGGAUCGAGAUGAGAACAAAGAUGAGAAUUAUGGGUUUCCGUGGCUCCACCAUCAAUCCUCUGAAUGAAGAGGCAGCUGCGGAGCUCGGAGCAGAGCUGCUCGGUGAAGCUAUCAUUUUCAUCAUCGGCGGAGGUUGCAUGGUGCUUGAGUACAGCCGUCAGGCCGCCAACUCCAGGCGCAAGGAAGAGGAGCUCGCACAAACCAUUAACAGUCUUCAGACACAACUAGGAGAGCUUGCACUAGCCACGGAGACACUGGAUGCCCAGAUCAGAGAGGUUAAUAGACUUCUGUUGUCCCUCCCAGCGGCUCCAACUACCAAGUAACAAUAUGCAUCACUAAAAUACGACUUUUCUAAGAAGGGCAAAGAGACUGAUUUAUGAGAACAUAUCAGUAGUGGUGCAGCACUGCCAUAUAUACACACAAAGUCUACGUUCAGCCAUCCCACACACACAAGGAAACCCCAGGUUAUAUAAACGAGGAAGGAACAGAGAGUUUGUAUGUGAUUGGGUGACUGGCCACCAGUAUAACACUUCCUAUUGAUUAUUUGUUUGGUUGGAUGAUGCUGUUUUCAAUUGAAAGUUCUAGUUAUUUGAUGACUCUGUUAAACCAUUGCCAACGCUUUACCGCUUACUAUUCUGCUCAUCAGUUUGGAUGUUAUUUCAUAACAUUUUCUUCAUAUAAUAUGCUGAUGGAGUUGGGCAUUCAUCAUUUAUUAAUGAUUUGAAAAUGCACUUGAAUUUUCGAUACUUGAAUGACAAAUUCCAUAUUAUAUAGUAAAUAUGGAUGUGUUCCUCGAUAUAGGAAACAGAGAGCCGUCUCUGUGUGUCCUGCAAGAAAAUCCCCAUUACAUUAAAAGACUGCUGUGUUUAAUAUGGUAUGUGUAUAUGGGUGUAUAUUUAUGAUUG